AUGGUUGGACUAGUACUUCUCUCCUCACUUUGUUGUUUAGGCCUGUGGUUACGACUAGCUUUGGGUCUUGUCUUCCUAUAUUUCUUGUUUGUAAAACGUCAGCAGCCUAAUACCAAGGACGACAACAGCUUAUUACCUCAUGGGAACAUGGGUUGGCCUUUCUUGGGAGAAACUCUUGCCUUCCUCAAGCCACACAAGUCCAACACUGUGGGCAAAUUCUUACAGGAAAGAUGCUCUAGGUAUGGGAGAGUAUUCAAGUCCCAUCUAUUUGGGUGUCCAACCAUUGUCUCCUGUGAUCAGGAGCUAAAUAUGUUCAUCCUCCAGAAUGAAGAGAAGUUAUUCCAGUGCAGCUACCCAAAGGCCAUCCAUGGAAUACUUGGAGACAAGUCUUUGCUUGUUGUGGUUGGUGAUGUUCAUAAGAAGCUAAGGAGCUUCAUGCUUAGCUUUACCAAUAUCUGUAAGUCAAGAUUAGAGUAUCUCGAUGACAUAGAUAACCUGGUUACCUCAAUUAUGGAUUCAUGGAAGGAGAUAAACCAAGUCAUGUUUAUGAAAGAAGCCAACAAGUUCACUUUCAAUCUUAUGGUGAAGCAAAUACUUAGCUUGGAACCAGAAGACCCACGAACCUCAAUGAUACUAGAAGAAUUCCUUACCUUCAUGAAGGGUUUGGUGUCUCUCCCAUUAUAUGUUCCAGGAACCUCAUAUGCCAAAGCUGUAAAGGCAAGAGCAAGGAUUUCGUCCACUGUAAGAGCCAUUAUGGAAGAGCGCAGAAAGGAGGGGGGUGUGGGGCUUGGAAAAGGAGACUUUUUGGAUUUGCUUUUGACAAGUACAAACUUAAUUGAUAAAGAGAAAGUGAGUAUUGUAGCAGACCUUCUUCUUGCAGGUUAUGAAACCACCUCCACUCUCCUGGCCAUGACCGUCUACUUUCUUGGACACUCACCAAAUGCUCUUAAUCAAUUAAAGGAGGAACACAAUGGAAUAAGGAAAGAGAAGCAGAAGAGGGAACCCUUGAACUGGGAAGAUUACAAGAAAAUGGAGUUCACACAAAAUGUUAUAAACGAAGCUCUAAGGUGUGGAAACAUAGUCAAGUUUGUCCAUAGGAAGGCAAUCAAAGAUGUCAACUUCAAAGGGUAUUUCAUUCCUUCUGGAUGGAAGGUUCUUCCCAUCUUCACCGCGGUACAUCUCAAUCCAUCCCUCCAUGAAAAUGCCUCUGAAUUCAAUCCUUGGAGAUGGGCAGGUCAAGGGACGAGCAAAAAUGUGCAGGCUUUUGGCGGAGGAGUGCGUCUAUGUCCAGGUGCCGAGAUCGGUAAAUUAGAAACUGCAUUCUUUCUUCACCAUCUUGUGCUUAAUUACAGAUGGAGAAUCAAAGGUGAAGACUAUCCUGUUGCCUACCCUUAUGUGGAAUUCAAAAGGGGUCUGCCUUUGGAGAUUGAACCAAUUUAAA